AUGCGAUGCGAUGCGACGCGAUGCGAUGCGAUGCCGCCGCCGUGUUGGUUCAGAGCUCGCGGCCCACAAAGUCAAUUCAGUCGACUCGCCAGUGGACCGACCGGGACGGCUGUGGGUGCAGCAGCACUGGGCCGGAGCGUUGUGGAGCUCGCGUUCGCAGCGGCGUCGAUGCUGGUUCUUGGUCACGCUGGCGUGCGACGUCAUGGCACCGCCGGACGUCAUGCUGGCGACGAGAGGCUCACGGCCGUGCCUCAACACGGCAUGACUGCGUCUGUUGCGCGGACGGUGCCAACUGCGAGGGUGUCGGCAUCGGCAUCUGUCUUGGCGUCGCACCGUCUUGCCCCUGCCGGAUGUUUGUGCGAGCGCGUACGUGUCUAUGUACGUUGGCCAGUCCUCUCUCACGACGCCCAUGCCCGCGUCUGGGACCUUGCCUGCGUGGAAUGUGUCUCGAGGUCUCAUGACCCUACCCACUCGGCGCUAACGGGUCCGUUUAGGUUCACUUGCACCGGGUGGCGACGAACAAACACAGCUGCCCAAUUCUCGGCCGAUGAUCAAUUGUUGGUCAAUUGGUUGGUGUUGCUUGGGCCAGGCUCAACCGCGCACGCCUUGGACGUUGGGACGUUGAGCGGCAACAUGCUGGGCGGCGAGCCACAUUACAUAUCACCCACACGGCUGGAGCGUGAGUUGCAUUGCCGCCCCGUGUGGCCUCGCACCACGCCACAAGCUCGUCGUCCCAUCUCAUUCGCCGGGAACUCGGGUCCCUUGGCUGGCGUUGGACGCCGCACGCUCGACCUGCAGAUGCUGGAACGGCCCUUGUGGCAGCCACCAAUGCGCUUACACCACGAUCCGGCGCGAGUUAUCCCGUCAACGACGCCUUUCCCUUGCCGGUAG